CAAGGUGUCACUCGUGCAUUUAAUUAGGAAGUAUCCUUUUUGUUCGCUGUAAGUUGUUAACUGUUUACAGCACCAGCAGUUUACAGUUUUACACUAGUGGCCUGGAUAAAUAUGGCAACUACAAAAAUAGUAAUGUUUGGUAAGUCAAAUAUGAGGUUGGCACAUGCUACACUCAGUAGAAAAUUGAGUUCAUCAGCUUGUAUCAAUCAGUCUAUUAAGAAUGUAGUUGUUAUUGGAGGUGGGUUGAUGGGUAGUGGAAUUGCUCAGGUAGCAGCACAAAGUGGCCAAAAUGUGACCAUAGUGGAUUUGGAUCGUAAAGUGGUAGAAAAAGCCCAAAAUGCCAUUAACACCUCAUUGCAACGUGUGGCCAAAAAACUUUUUAAGGAUGAUUUGGCAAAAGCUGACAAGUUUCUUACUGAUUCCAUGUCACGAUUAAUGUUAUCAACAAAUCCAGAAGAAGCUGUUGGCCAAAGUGAUUUGGUUGUUGAAGCUAUUGUUGAAAAACUUAGGAUCAAACAGAAUCUUUUCAAAACUCUUGAUACUGUUGCCCCCACUCAUACAAUAUUUGCCUCAAAUACCUCUUCUUUGCCUAUUGGAGAAAUUGCAGAAGCUACUCAAAGAAAAGAUAGAUUUGUUGGUUUACAUUUUUUCAAUCCAGUUCCCGUAAUGAAACUUCUUGAAGUAAUUCGUAUUCCGGAAACUUCAGAUGAUACAUAUAACCGUGUUAUGGAUUGGGGGAAAUCUGUUGGGAAACAGACUGUAACUUGCAAAGAUACUCCAGGAUUCAUUGUUAAUCGUCUAUUAGUGCCCUACAUGAUGGAAUCUGUUCGUUUGCUCGAAAGAGGUGAUGCAACCGCAAGAGAUAUUGAUACUGCCAUGAAAUUAGGUGCGGGCUACCCCAUGGGUCCAUUCGAAUUAAUAGAUUAUGUUGGAUUAGACACCUCGAAAUUUAUCAUUGAAGGAUGGGCUGAAAAGUUCCCUGAAAAUCCGCUUUUCAAGCCAGUGCCUACGUUAAAUCGUCUCGUGGAAGAAGGUAAAUUAGGUAUGAAAACAGGAGAAGGAUUCUACAAGUAUCAAAAAAAGUAGACUUGCUAUGUUAAUAGUAUAUCAUACAGUGAUGGGAAAGUUGUCUAAGAUUAUGCUAGAUUUUCAUUUUCCAAAUUGAAUUGAGCAUAAAUAACUUAAAUUGACAAGUAAUAAAACAGUAAUAAAGGGUUA